AUGGAUGAUUUUUCAAAAUUUUUUGAUGAUGAAUUUAAUGUUAUCGACUGGCUUAAUCAAGCAUUUCGAUUACAAAAAGAAACAAACCAAAAUGUGGAUAACUAUACAGGAGUAUUGAUAACAAAAUUACAAAUGUAUGUUCAAGAAAUGAAUAAUUCCAUUGAAGAAACAAGUCAACAAGCAAUUCAACAAUUUCCUCGAGUUCUUCGUGAAAUUGAUGUUCUUAGACAUGAAGCUACUUUACUACAAGAACAAAUGCGUACAGUACGUGGUGAUGUUCAAAAAGUGAAUCAAGAGACAGCUGAUGGAAUGCGAAAUUUAAUUGAAUUAGAUUCAGUUAAAAAUCGUAUUCAGCUAGCAUCGAAAGCAUUACAAGAAGCCGAUAAUUGGGUAACAUUAUCAGCUCAAAUCGAUGAUGUAUUUGAAUCAAAAGAUACUGUACAAAUAGCUACAAAAUUACUAGCUAUGCAACAAUCAUUAAAAAUUCUUACAGAUGUACCUGAUUAUGCUGAUCGUGUCAAUCGUUUAGAAACAUUAAAAAAUCGUUUAGAAGCAUUAAUGAGUCCAACAGUUAUUGCUGCUUUUAAUACACAAGAUAUUGAAAUGGCACGAUCAUUUGCACAUUUAUUUCAAUCGAUAGAUCGAGCAGAACAAUUAGAAGAUCUAUAUGUAACAUCCGUUAAAACUCGUUUAGAUGCACGUAUUAGAGAACUUAUUGAUAGUACAAAUAAAGAACAUGAAUUGAUCUUUAUUACAAUUUAUGAUUAUUUAUCUAAUCUUUGGCAAGAUGAAAUACGUUGGUGUACAAAAAUCUUUCAACACCCCAAUCGUGUGACAUUAUCAAUUAAAUUCAUCGACAACAAAUAUCAGCGAAAAAACGACUCGAAAUAUUACUUGCAUGUAAACGGGUAA